AUGUCUAACAUAGAAGAAAAUAGAGUAGGGAGCAACUCUCACCCUAUUGUUCUGAGCGAUGAUGAAAAUGAAAUGGAUUACGAGUCUGACAUUAAUAGUUAUACCAGCUACGAACUUAUUUUGCGUCAAGUUUUAAGAGCAGGAGAACCUGAUAGUGAUGAAGAAGCCCUUCGUGAUGAUACUGAACCUGAGCCUGAGCUUGAGUUUGAGCUUGAGUUUGAGCCUGAACCUGAGCCCGAGCCUCAGCCCGAGCCUGAGCCUGAGCCUGAGCCCGAGCCCGAGCCUGAGCCUAAGCCAGAGGAAGAUAAUCAGCAACCUCAAGUUGAAUGUCCUGUAUCCGAAUACCAUUCAUAA